AUUCAAUCUCCCAUACACACAGACCCACAGCGCGAGACAGAGACACACUCACACACACUCACACACACAACUGCACGCAGCGAGGCUCUGGAAGUCAGGCCGGCUCCUCGCCCCGGCGCCUCCUCCGCUUCAGCAGGCCGGGUCUCCCCGGGGCCCCAGAGCUCGGCCCGGCCGCGAAGACCCGUAAGAGGACGAGCUCGGCGGACCCCCGGUCCUCCAUGGGCAAACGCGGGCGGCCGCGCAAGGAGGCGCGCUGCGAGGGCGCGGGGCUGGCCCCCGCCGCGCCCCUGGCCGCGGCCGCGCCCCAGCCCCCGGCCCAACCCGAGGAGCCGGCGGGGGCCAAGCCCAGGUGCCCCUUCUCGGACAUUUUCAACACCAGCGAGAACUCGAUGGAGAAGCACAUCAACACUUUUCUGCAGAACGUGCAGAUUCUGCUCGAGGCCGCCAGCUACCUGGAGCAGAUCGAGAAAGAAAACAAAAAGUGUGAACAUGGCUACGCCUCAUCAUUCCCCUCCAUGCCGAACCCCCGGCUACAGCAUUCAAAGCCCCCACGGAGGUUGAGCCGGGCACAGAAACACAGCAGCGGGAGCAGCACCACCAGCACUGCCAACAGAUCCACACAUAAUGAGCUGGAAAAGAACCGACGAGCUCAUCUGCGCCUGUGUUUAGAACGCUUAAAAGUUCUGAUUCCACUAGGACCAGACUGCACCAGGCACACAACCCUUGGUUUGCUCAAUAAAGCCAAAGCACACAUCAAGAAACUUGAAGAAGCUGAAAGGAAAAGCCAGCACCAGCUUGAGAACUUGGAACGAGAACAGAGAUUUUUAAAGCGGCGACUAGAACAGCUGCAGGGUCCUCAAGAAAUGGAACGAAUACGAAUGGACAGCAUUGGAUCAACUAUUUCUUCAGAUCGUUCUGAUUCAGAGCGAGAGGAGAUUGAAGUGGAUGUUGAAAGCACAGAGUUCUCCCAUGGAGAAGUGGACAAUAUAAGUACCACCAGCAUCAGUGACAUUGAUGACCACAGCAGCCUGCAGAGUAUUGGGAGUGAUGAGGGUUACUCCAGUGCCAGUGUGAAACUUUCGUUCACUUCCUAGAACCCAGCAUGACAUAACAGUGCAGGGCAAAAUAUUCACUGGGCCAAUUCAGUACAAUCUCUUAAAUUGGGUUCAUGAUGCAGUCUCCUCUAUAAAGCUAAACAAAACUAUACUUGAACAAAGGGUCAGAAGACCUGUAUUUAAGCAAAUACUUAGCAAAAAGUGGGGUAGAGCCUCCCCAGCAGAACAAAUAUAUUCAGAAUAUUCACAUCGGAAAAAAUCACAAUUUCUAAUGGCAAUGGAAAACUUGUGUGAAAUUAUCUUGAUUUGAUCUAAUUGAUUUCAAAGAGGACACUGGAGAUUCCAUCCUCUUUUUCUCGUUUGCUCAUACUACAUUGAGUAGACACAUUUAAAAAUGGGAUUAUGAACCCUUCCUGAGCUUUAUGGCCCUAGGAAAAAAAAAAAUCAAACCUAUAGUAAAGAAAAGAUAAUCAGGCAUUAAUCUUCGAUAGCUAAGGAGCUAUUAAAACUCAGCCUGGGACAGUUUAUCAUGAAGCCUGUGGAUGAUCAAUUCUUUAAAACAAAAAUGAAACAAACCCAAACUCAUUUCAUGCUCUACAAAAGGAGAGACUCCCAUGAAGCCUUUUGAAAGGGAUCAUCAUGCAGCUCAGCUUUCUGUUGGAUUCCAUGCUAAACAAGCUAACCUUAUCCUGCAUUGUUAGCACUAGGGCACCCAACUGCCAUCUCGCCAGCCCGUGGCCUAAGGGCUGCAUGGGGGCAGUCCAUGCAUGACAGCCUCUAUCACACAAGGCCUAUGAGUAUGGAUUGGGGAGACAAAAGGAAAAAGCUCCAUGUGCCUGUGUCUGCAUGGGUCAGAAGAGUUGUGCACGCAGAUUAGCAGGCCAAGGUCUGAGCCACGGCAGCAUUUUUAUUUGAGAUUUUGAUAACUGUUUAUAUGUGUUGAAAACCAAAAUGACAUCUUUUUAAAGCUUGUCCAUAAGUAAACAUAGAUGUCUUUUAUAGUGGAAAAACACAUGGGAAAAAAAUCAUCUAUUUUGAUGCAGCAUUUGAUAAUGAUAAAACACCUCACACCUCACUCUUUAUAGUGCACAAAAUGAAUGAGGUCUGGGCUAGGUAGAAAAAAGGUCAAUGCUGUUUUUGUUUUCUUUUAGAAUCAUUACCUUUUACCAGCUUUUAACCAUCUGAUAUCCAUAGUAGACACACUAUCAUAGUUAACAUAGUUAAGUUCAGCACUUGUCUCAUUUUAAUGUAAAGAUUUGCUUCCAUUUUCUACAAGCAGUCUUCUUCACAAUCCCCCUGUGCAGGUGCUAUUGUUGCUCUUAUAAAUGUUUCCAGAAAUGUUAUUUUCUUCGAAGUGAAAUUUCUAGCCUGCACUUUGAUGUCAUGUGUUCCCUUUGUCUUUCAAACUGCAAGGUUUUCCUUUGGUCCUCUCUUACCCUGGGAAGCCUUCCUGGAGACCUUACCCCCAGCUGUUUGGACUUUGUAUACUUUAAAUAAUUUAACUAUCCUUAAUUACUUAAAAAAAAAAAAAAAAGCUUUAUGAUUUUCAUAACUUAUUGCUGAUUUUAAUGGGUUGUUAAUUUCAGUCCUGUAGUUUUAUUUUAUGUUUAGAUAGGGCUGGGCAAGGAAAAAGAAAAUAAAGACAACCAUAUUUAGCAGUGCAGUUGAGUUGUGUGUUAAUGUUAGACUAUUCUUUUGUGAGUAGCACUUAAACAGCAUUCGCAACUUUUAUAUGGAGUGUACCAUCUUGGUCAUACAUAAGACCUCAGCAUAUAUAUAUAAUCUCACUUGUUCUUGUGCUCUCCCUGUGCCUCCUUCAAAAAAAUCUUCCUUGAUUGUGCUGUGUUUGAGUGGAAGAAAUUCUUUGAAAUAGAUGUGUGUUUGAAAACUGCAUGCCUUUAAAACCCAGUACUAGGACUUGCUACAUUUCAGGUGCUGGGAAUUAAUGAAAAACAUGACAAAACAGAUUCAUUUCUGUGGCCCAAGUAAA